AUGGAGCCUCUACAACCAUCGAGCCUUCGAAUUCGCGCGAGCUGGGAUGGUGAUAUCAACCGUGCUGCCAAUGUUUGCGUGACCGUGGAGGUGGAAACCAAACCAAAUUCUCGCCUUCUUCUUCUCAACAGAGUCAAGAAUACGGGUCUCAGCCACUCGAUGGUAUGGCGGAUUCGCAGUCUAGGUCAAGAAGUGCCUGCGGUGGAUGUGACCGAUUCCAAGUCGAUUUUGGCCCAUCAAGUGGAUUAUAUCCCUCCUUCUCCGCCGAGAAAGCUGUUCGCAUCGUCGAGAGGAUAUCAAGAUGAAUACGGUAUUCAAGAAAAACCAGACUCUUUCUUUCAAGAUUGGCUUUCUUCGCACGAUACCAAAGAAACAUUGGAUGAUCAGACGAGCACUAGCAGUGAGCCCAAACAGGAGGAUGCAACCGAAGAGACAGCUCAAGAGACAGCUUUCGAUACAGUGGAGGCCGAGAGUCCAUUAGAUGCCUUGUGUGUCGAUGAAGCAAGCGAAAUCUCUCUUGGCGAGCAGAAUUUAGACCGAUGGAUCGAUAUGAACCAAUCCAUCGAGCAGUAUUUUGACGAUUCGUUUUUGGACUUGCCGCCCAGCCCGACCCCGUCCUCUCAGGAUUUAAUCCCGUGGGCGUCAACAAAGGAGAUUAUGGACCGUCUCAAAGCAGAAGAAGAAAGAGAUCCACUAAGUUUUUCCUCGGAAGUGAUUGUCGCGCCACCACCAAGGGAUCCCGGCAUCGUCCAUCAAGACGGGCAGAUGUUUCUGGAUUUUCCCGGCAGCGUCGAGGCAAAAAUAUACAGAGUUGAUCUACAUUUUCUGAAAUACGUGCGUGAGGGUCAGAAUAACUGGCUGGAACUUGACCUGUCACAAAUCGGAAUGGCUUGUCCAGAAGUGCAGGGUCUCUUUGUUCUUGAAAUGCCUUGGGAGUGUGAAUUUAGUACCCCUGAUCUGAGCGACAAACAGGCAGCAAACGGCCAUCUUGAAUACCAGUUUAGUCCUCAAUACUUGAGAGCCAUAGCCUUCCGCCGGCGUGAGGAUAGAGACUGUACUACAGUAUCUUCAAAUGCUUCAAAUGUCGAGCCACAUACUUCUAUUGAAAGUGAGCCUGAGGAUUCCACACUGAAUACCCAGAGCAGCCAGCAACAAAUCUCAGGUGAACCUUUGCAGCCCACCGACGAGAUAGAGUUCAUAAAACCGACGAUGCCCUCUUCCCAAGCUGGUAGGCCGCGACGCACCACGACAUCCAUUUCGCGAGACUUUUUCCACCAGUUUUUAGUGUUUGUGUUCUUCGCGAUGGUUGCGGUGUUUACGGCUACUGGUGGCCCGCCCGAGGCGAUUGCAACACCUGCAAACACUUGGUCGACACUGCGUGGGGUGGCUAGCGAUAUGAGAAGACAGGGAAGCAGCAUACAAACGAUGGUCAUGGAGACAGUUCGGGAUGCUCAACUGCUCCAUGGUUGGCAUGUCUAUCGAGCUCUUUGGAUGGAUGCAUUGACGAAUGAAGAACCAGAUGUGUCAAUAAAAAAGUCAGCUAUAUGCCUUCCGAUUGACGUGAUGAUGCAAGAAUUGGCCGCAGUAUGUCUUGCGACUGGGGAUAUCGAUAUGGUAAUACAAGAUUCAGCCACUGCAAGCCAUUUGACUGGGAAUGUCACAGUGUUUGAAGAGUCGAAUAGGGCGGGUUCUUCGACUGGGGAUAACAUGCUGUUUCAAUACUCAGCUACGGUCGGUGAUAUCGGUGUGCUGACACAAGGGUCAACCGCAGCUGGUUUUCCAACUGAGGAUACCGAUACAUACGAGAUUUUGGCCACAUCGACGGUGGUGUUUUCGGCUGAGAAUGCUAGUAUCUCUACAGAAGAGACUGGUGAUGGCUACUGGGGUACAUGGUCAUUGAUUGGAAGGAACUUUCUGAGUCGGAUUGGAUGUUCGACGUCUGCGCACUGCAUCAUGGUGGCAGCCGCCGAAGAUGAUGAUCCGCAGUGGGAGGUAUUCGAGAGGUAUCGCUGCGACGCGAAGAAUAGCUAG